GCAGCCGAAAGAAUUUCUACGUCUUCUGAUGAUCCAUCAUCAGAAUCGAAUCCCGAUCUCCAUAAUACCCAACAUGUCGAUUUUGAUUUAAAAAUCGAUUUUGACAGUAAGACCGUUAGCGGUACUGUCAAACUUCUGAUAGAACCAAUUGAUACGAGUGCCGAAAAUAGCGACACACUGAAACUUGAUAUAAAGGAUAUCAAUGUAUCCCGUGUGACAAUCAAUGACAAUCCAGUUGAGUAUGAAAUUCUUUCGGGUAGCUAUCCUACUCUUGGCAGCGUUAUGUGCAUUAAAGUUGGCGAGCACACUUCCAGAUUUGCAGUCGUGAUUGAGUAUUCUACAACUCCCCUGGCAUCAGCUCUCCAGUGGUUAGAUUCCCAGAUGACGGCUGACAAACGCAAUCCCUUCCUUUUCACUCAGUGUGAAGCUAUUCAUGCACGAAGUUUAUUUCCCUGCCAGGAUACACCGAGGGUUAAAUUCACUUUUACUGCUAAGAUACUUGCUCCAUCGAACCUUCAAGUGCUAAUGGGUGCCACAAAGUCAAACUCAAAGCAUUCCGAUGUGCUGGGAAAGUGGAAUGAACAUUAUUUUUUCCAGAAUGUUCGAAUCCCCUCCUAUCUUAUUGCUCUCGCCUGUGGUGAACUUAAUGACUCACCGAUUGGGCAGAAAUCACGGGUAUAUGCAGAGCCGAGUGUGUUACCUAGAACUACACGAGAAUUCGCGGUGGUUGAUCGAAUGCUAGAUGCUGCGGUAAAGAUAUGUGGUCCCUACUCUUGGGGUUGCUAUGAUAUUCUCGUUCUUCCUCCCAGUUUCCCCUACGGUGGUAUGGAGAACCCACAGUUGACAUUCGUCAACCCUACUCUUCUUGCAGGAGAUGGAUCGCUAACUUCAGUUAUCGCACAUCAAAUUGCUCACUCAUGGAUAGGCAAUUUGGUAACCAACGCAACUUGGGAACACUUCUGGCUCAACGAAGGUCACACUGUCUACUUGGAGGGUCUCAUUCUUGAGGAGCUCUAUGGAACUGACUAUCGAGAACUCUUUAUUGAACUCGGCUACGACGUCCUUCAAGCUUGUUUGGAAAAGGAAUUCAAUCAUAGUCAUCCGUUAACUAAGUUAAUACCCUGUUUGAAAGGAGUUCAUACAGAUGACUCUUUCUCAACAGUUCCUUAUCAGAAGGGUUCGCUUUUCCUCUAUUAUCUGGAGUGCAAAUACGGUAAAGAGGCCAUUCUAAAGUGGUUAAGGUCAUACAUUGACCAUUACCGCGAGAAAUCCAUCACUACGGAGGAAUGGAAACAGUUUUUGGCUCAAAAUUUAGGUAAACAGUUGUUGGAUGAGAUUGAUUGGGAUGCGUGGCUAUUUUCCGCCGGUCCCAUUCCCUGGGUACCUCCAACAAAUCGUGUUCUAUCCAACGUUGUGGAUCAAGUAAUAGAAAAGAUAUUAGGGACUUCCUUGGUCGAUGAUAAUGAAUCCGCUGUUUACGUUAGGUCACAGUAUGAAUCAAUGAUUCCCCUUCAACAGCAGUUGCUAUGGCAACGUUUGCUCAAAUGUGUUCCUCUUCCACAUGAUAAUCUCAAUGUUCUCAAGACCUUAUUGUCGAUGUCAAAUAUGCACAAUGCCGAGAUUCGCUUCAGAUGGUCGUUGAUUGUAAUUUAUUCUCAAUAUCUUCCCGGUUUGGAUAGCGCAUUGGAAUUUCUCAAUAGUCAGGGACGAUUGGAUUAUACGCGACCGCUAUACAGAGGCCUCGUGGCAUGGCCAGGCAUUAGGGCGCAGGCAAUAAACAACUUUAAGGCGCAUAGACCUUAUAUGCACCCCACAACUGCAAAACAGGUUGAAAAGGACAUUGAAUCGGGACAGCCUCAUUAG